CACGUGGCCAUCGAAGAGGAGCGCAACGGUGAGAAACUCGUCACCAGCUAUGAGCUGCUGCUGGCCAAGAUGACGAGCCUCGCAAAAUCGCUGCGGGAGCUCCACGCGAAAGGUGGCCUAGGCGCCGGUCCGGUGGCCUUUUGGCUGCGGCGGGGCGCCGAGGCCAUCGCCUUGGCUUUGGCGGCCAUGGAGGCUGGACACGGCUAUUUGCCCUGUGAUGAGACGCUGCCACCCAUGAGAGUGCUUCAGAUGCUUACGAUUGCUGGUGCUGGCUUGCUGGUUUCCACUGCAGAGAAGUGUGCCCUUUUGGAGGAGCAGAAGCUUCACGAUGAAGGUUGGUCGGGCUUGAUGUUGCCCUUAGAAACACUGGCCUCAGGCUUCAAGGCGUUGACCGUGCCGGAACAUCUUCAGCUCCCUGAACGUGGCGCUUUAGAGAGUUCUGGAGAUGACGACGUCACACUGCAGCUCGCGUAUGUGAUCUUCACCUCGGGAUCCACGGGCCGUCCCAAAGGCGUGGCGGUGAGCCAUAGAUCCAUCGUCCAUUUGAUUGAAUGGGUGAAUACGAGCUAUGAGAUCAACGAGGCGGACGUGCUGCUUUUUGUGACCUCGAUGGGUUUUGACCUCUCGUGCUAUGACAUCUUCGGCACCUUGGCCGCGGGCGCUCGGCUGCUCGUGUCGAGCUCCACGUCCACACGGCUCGCGUUGCUGGAAGAAACCACCUUCUGGGACUCGGCGCCGGCGGUGCUGGAGCUGCUGGAGCCACAACUGCCAGCUGUUUCUUCGCGAUGUCCACUCCGCACGAUCUUCCUCAGCGGCGAUUGGGUGCCAUUGCGACUGGUGGCCACUUUGCGCCGUUGCUUUCCCGCGGCCCGCGUGGUGGCGCUGGGCGGUGCCACCGAAGCCACGGUCUGGUCGAAUAGCUUCGAAGUGGCCAAGAUCCAUCCAUGCUGGAGGUCCGUGCCCUAUGGCAGGCCGAUUUGGAAUCAUCAGUAUUGGGUUCACACUGGCGCCGCUGGGUCUGCCCUCAGUCCGGGCGCGGGCACCGAGCUGGGUUCUCCGGGCUCUGCCCUCACACCACUGGGUCUGCCGGGUGCGCUCUGCAUCACCGGCCUCGGCGUGGCGCGGGGCUACGUGGGCGACGCGGCGCGCACGGCGGAGCGCUUCUUCGUGACGGGCGCGGGCGCUUCGAGCAGGGAAGCGCACCGGGGCUAUUGGACCGGCGAUGUGGUGCGUGUCACAGUGGAAGAUCCGUGGAAUGAGCUCAAGGAGAACUUGGCCGGAUCUGAGCUGGUCCUGGAGUUUCUGGGGCGUGCUGACAACCAGGUGAAGAUCCACGGGCACCGCAUCGAGUUGGAUGAGGUCCACCACGCCCUGACGCUCGACGGGUCCGCGGUCUCCGCCGCGGUGCUCGUGCGCGCGACGGGACGGCACGGGGAGCGGAGCCUCGUGGCCUUCGUCACGCCGAUGGAGGUGGACCUGGAGUCGCUUCGAGGGAGUUUGGAAGAGCGUUUGCCCAGCUGGAUGAUCCCUGAUGUGAUUGUCCCUUUGGCGGCUUUGCCCUUGACCUCCAGUGGAAAGGUGGACCGCCAUCAACUGGAAUCCAUGGACUUGAGUGAGAGCCUUCCAGAAAGCCAGGCGGCGCUCGCAGCGACGCUGGAGGCGUUUCGGCAGGUCCUGGGCGUGGACGUGGCACCGAGCGAUGACUUCUUCGAGCUGGGCGGUCAAUCGUUAGCCGCGCUCCGCCUGCGACGCCUCCUUCGUGCCGACGGCAACGGCGUGACACUGCGCCGGGGCAAAACAGACCGGAUCGCCCAGCGGUUGCGGUGCGCGGCGCGGCCGUUGGAGCCGCCCUCGGCCGUUGGAGCCGUGGGUGAAGGUGAGGCUCCAGCCACCUUCGAGCAAGAGCGUAUUCCAUUCCCUUCGCCUACCGCUUGCGGGGGGGAGCGCCUGGACGUGGAUCGUCUCAGAAGAGCUUUGUGCUCGGUGCUUCGACGGCACGAGCUCCUGCGCACCCUUUUGAAGGAGGCCGAAGGUGGCCAACUACUCCAGCAUGCGGUGGACUCUGAGAUUGCCAGCGGCUGGAUCCACAUCCACGACUUUCGAGAGAUGGAGGUGAAGGUGUGUGACGAGCAGCGGCAGGUCCUUCUCCUUGAGGACAUGGCAGCGGGUUUUGACCUUUCCCAGAGCGAUGAGGAGAUUCUGCUCUAUGUGAAUGUGCAUCAUGUGGCCUUUGAUGGUGGAUCCUUGAGAUACUUUCAGCGCGAUCUGUGGGCCUUUUACGAGGACCUUGCGCUGCCGCCCCUGCCUUCGCUGCUGGCCUCUUCGCUUUCGCGCCAGCAGCGCCAGCAGCGCGGGAGCGAAAGCGGCGCCCAGCUCGUGGUGAUGAUGGAACGCUUGAAGGGCUGCACCUUCCAACUGCAGCUGCCCAGAGCUGCCCCUGGCCGUGGAGCCCCACAGCGCUGGACCUCCUUCGCCCCGGCAGAGCCGGUGCGGCGCCUGGCGCAGCAGGAGGGUGUGACAGAAUUCACCGUCCUGCUGGCGGCCUAUGGGGCACUUUUGGGGCGAUGCUGUCAGCAAAAGGACCUCGUCAUUGGCAUCCCGGUCUCCCGGAGGCACAGCUAUGAUGGCACCGAGCAGAUGGUGGGUUGCUUUGUGAACACCAGUCUGGUGCGGGUGUGCCUCACUGAGCAGCAUCACGCACUCUCCUUCCGUUCGAUCCUAGGUGUUGUGGUGAGUGUGGGGGGAGAGGAUCACAGUGGUCCGGCCAAUGCCGAGACGUCAUCCCAUGCGACAGUGAAAGCAGCGAUCGAACUCAGGGCCCUGGAGCAGCCCUGGCCCUACCCUACCCGUCCGAAACGGUACGAGACUCGGCCAGGGCAAGUGCAGGAGCAACUUUUGGCUGCCUUGCAGACUUCACACGUUCCCUUCCAGAAGCUCUUGCAAGAGUUGCGCCCAGAGGGGACCUCUGAGCUGCAGACGAUGUUUGAUGUCCACGAAGAGGCGUUUCAACCUGAGGUCGCCAGGGGCGUCGUCUCGCAACCCUGGAGUCUCACUCACCUGGACGUCAAGCAAGACGCCAAGUUUGAGCUGUCGCUGGAUUUGGUGAGAUCACGACGCUUCGAUGGAUACAAAGCUCUGUGGGAGCUCCGCGACGGCUGCGGGGAGUGGCUGGCCGCACAGUGGGCGGAGCUGCUGACGGAGCUCCACGUGGAGCUGAAGCCUUGGACCUGGCUCGCGCCCAGCGAAAGGCGCCAGCUGCACGAGGGUUGCGUGGGCUCCUCUGUGCCGUUGCCACAGCUUGCGGUGCAUCAGCUGAUCCUUCAACAAGCGAAGCGCACGCCCAAGAGCUGUGCGGUGCAAAUGCAGGCUGGUCGAUGUUUGUCCUUCGAAAUGCUCGUGGCUGCCUCCGCCCGCGUGGCAUCCAAGUUGACAGAUUUUGCUCGAAGACGAGUGGGUCUGAUGAUGGAGAAGGGGCCGUUGCUGCUUCCGAGUUUGUUGGGCAUCCUCUUGGCGGAGUCUGCCUACGUACCCUUGCCUGGGGAUCUGCCAGAAGAGCGUCUUCGCUCGAUGGUGUGGGAUGCGGAGGUCAAGAUCCUGGUGACAAGCGCGGAAGAAAGGCGCAGCCACUCGAACCACUUGAGCCACAUCCCUAGGCUGAUGCUAUCAGAGGCAGAGGUCUUUGAGGGACCGAAAUCCGAGCUGAAGACUAGUCCAUUUAGGCCGAACGCCCGUUCCGCCCACGUGGGGCACCGCGAGAUGUACGUGCUUUUCACCUCGGGCACCACGGGACGUCCCAAAGGAGUGUCUGUGUCGCACAGCGCGGUGCUGAGCCAUGUGCUCUCCUGCUGUGCGAAGUUUCACCUCACGGCCAUGGACUCGGUCUUGCAAUCCAUUGCCUUGCCCUUUGACUUCGCCGUAAGCCAGCUUUAUCCCUACUUGGUGCUGGGAGGUUCGCUUUUGAUGCCCAAGGAGAUGGAUUCCAAAGACCCAGGAGCCUUGGCCAUCCUCGCAGCACAGGGCUCGGCUCGGACGGUCAUCCUUCAAGUUGCAGGGCUCACAGCCGUAGGUGUAUCCCUUGACGUGCUUGGUUCACUAAAGAGGACCAAGCCGAUCCCAAGCUUUGCUUCGGCGCGCUGCGGCGGAUCAAUUUGGGGGGGUGAAGCAGUGAACCAGAGGCUCUUGGAGCGGACCGCUUCGCGCUUCGACUCGAGCCGACUCUUCGUCACCUACGGCCCAACGGAAGCUGCCGUGGACACCACGACCGCAGAGUUCACGGCCGGUCCGGGCGGUAUGGACGGUACCGGCGGUACGCGCGUGCAUCGGUGCAUCGGGUGGCCGGAUGCCUACCGUGCAGUGCACCUGGAGGGCGAGGGUGGAGAGGACGAUGGGCUGGUGGUGUUGGGUAGCGUGGGGAUGUUGAAGGUGGCAGGACCAGGGCUGGCGCUGGGCUAUCUGCAGGUCGAGCAGGCUGAGGUCUUCAUGGAUGCGCAGUGUGGUGCAGGAAAGCACUACAAGACGGGAGAUUUGGUGCGAUGGGGGAAGGAGGGCUUGGAGUUCCUAGGAAGACGAGACUCACAGGAUCGAACUGGAAGAAAUCGAAUCUGCACUGAAGACGUGCCCAGGUGUGGCGGAGGCGGCCGUGCUGUUGGCCGCGCCGGGUGGUGUCGAGCCGGAGGAGCCGGUGCUGGUGGCCUUCGUGAGCCGCUCGGAGGAGUGGUUGGCUCCGCCCUCGCUGCACGCGCUUCCAGCGCCGCUGCGGCCGCGGCACGUGGUACCCAUCACAGCGUGGCCGCGGAGUCCCACGGGGAAGUUGGACCGACAGCGCUUGGCGCAGGAGGCGAAGGAGUUGCUGGCCAAGGAGGGGCGUGCGGAGACACAGGACUUCUCGGAGAAGGGGCGAUGCUUCCUGGAUCUCUUGGGACAGCUCUUGCGGAAGGAUCUGCGUGCCGCGGAGCUUCAGCAGAGCUUCCUGCGCCUCGGGGGGGACUCGGUGUUGGCGAUUCGGCUCUCGGCCAAGCUCCGGGAGCAGCAGAUCUACGUGACACCGGGAAGGAUGAUGGGCUCCAGCUCCGUCUGGCAUUUGGCGUCGGAGAUGGAUGCGGUGACAAGCGGAAGCGCGAAGUGCUUGGAAGUGGCCGAAGGUGUGGAAGGAGACGUGCCCUUGUCUCCGAUGCAACGUCGCUUCUUCGAUCUGCAGUUGUCUCAUCCGGAUCACUACAACCAAUCUCUGAUGCUGGUGCCCAGGUUUCCUCAUCCCCUGGAUGUUGA